AUGAGAUCCUCAUUGCUUGGGCCCGCGGCGGCUGGCCUGUCGACUCUAUUGACACUUUUGCCGACCGCAAAUGCCUUGUCAUUCGACGCUAUCUCACUCCCCGAUUUGGACCUGUCUUCAUUAGGCCGAGUCUCUAUCAGUGGUAAUUUCGAUGGCGUCUCCCUGUACGAAUAUGAGGGCCAGUCUGAAGUCACUCUAACCAACGGCUCCUCCUCGAUCCUCACGCCCUUGCCUAAUGGAAUUCUCACGAACCUUUCCACAGCCGACGCGCAGAUUCAGGCCAUGUGCUCCUUUACGAAGAAAGACGGAACGUUCGCCGGGAUUUUUGUGGGUGGAAACUUCACAACACUGGGUGGUGUGGAAUCGCCUGGUGCGGCCUUGUUCAACCCGAAUUCUAGUACUAUUACAGCCUUGCCAGGACUGAACGGCUCGGUGUCUGCUGUAGCGUGCGACCAGAGCACAAAUCGCGUCUACGUGGGUGGAACCUUUGACCACAAGAACAGCUCGAACGCGAUCGCCUGGAGUCCGGACAAUGGCUGGACCGACCUUGCCUUUGAAGGACUCAAUGGCCCCGUCAAAUCGAUUUUAAAGGCAGAAAAUGGGCACAUCAUUUUCGGAGGAACUUUUGAUGGAACCGGAAACUCGAACUCGUCUUCAUCAAAUUCGUCUAAUUACGGCCCCCAGGUUCUGAAUCUACAGAAUGCGACAAUCACUUCCGAUGCUCAAUCCUCUCUCAGCGGCUAUGAAAGCCCUCGAAACAUUAUCUGCUCCACCAGCGGUAAGGCAGCCAAGGGUAAAACGUGGUUGCUUUACGACUAUUCCCCCGGCUACUGGCGCGCAGAGCUUGGAUUUACUGCCCGCCCAAGCAAGAUUCGCCUUUACAACACCCAUUUGGAUGGACGUGGUACCAAGUCCUUCUUGUUUCGCGCUCUACCCGACGAUGGAAUCAUGAACUUGACCUAUACCGACACCUCGGGCAACAAGGCUUACUGUGACCAAUUGUGUCCGCUUUCCAACAAUGCCACCGAAAAGUAUCGUGAUUUUACCUUGGUCAACUCCGUAGGUAUGACGGGCCUCCAGAUUGAAAUUUUGGAUUGGUAUGGCGAAGGUGCUGGAUUGAACGGAAUCGAGAUUUUCCAAGAGGACAUCUAUUCCUACGCGAAUGACAAGUUUAAUGAGCCUACCUGUGCCGACAUCAAAUACCCCUCCAAGUCAAUCCUGACAGGUACCUGGGACGUCGAUUCAACCUAUUUGUCUGCUCAAGUGACCGAUGCCAACGACACUGACACUUCCGUUGUCUUCCAGCCUGAUGUAAAGGAAUCUGGAAAGUACGAGAUUUAUCUCUACACUCCUGGAUGUUCUGACAGCGACACCUGCUCUUCCCGUGGUAUGGCCAACGUCACAGUCACAGUGGCUAGUGGCACCGAUGCCUCCAACCCAUCCCCCACCACCAUUUACCAAACAAAUGACGACGACAAGUAUGACGUCUUGUAUUCUGGACAUGUCGACAAAGCCAGCGAUUCUUUCCGCCCUAGCGUUACUGUCAGACCGAUCUCCGGUCAAGGGGAUAUCAAUUUUGUAGCAUGGCGUGUCAAAUUCCUACCGCUGUUCAACACGACCAAGGCAGAAACUGGAUCAAGCUCAGACUCGGACUCUGACUCGGAUUCUGACUCUGAUUCGGGAGAUUUAAAUGGACUGUAUGAUUACGAUCCUACUUCGACGACUACGAGCGAUGCCGACAAGUCCGAUAUCAACACGGCUGGAACCUCGCUUAAGAAGGAUGCUUCGGUCUUGAGCUUGGCCGAAUAUGACGGCAUUAUUUACGCCGGUGGUAACUUUUCCGACAGCAGCAUCAGCUAUAUUAUGUCAAUCACCGAUGGCAAUGCUACUGCAAUGCCAGGCGGUGGCCUGAACGCAGAGGUCCAGACAAUGGCUAUCCUUGAUAAGGUUUUGUACGUUGGAGGCAACUUCACGGACACUUCCGAUGGGGGAGUCGAUGGCCUGUACCAUGUCGCGGCUUACUCCUUCUCGACAAAGAAGUGGUCUACUCUAGGUGCAGGACUGAACGGCCCUGUUUCGACAAUUUAUCCCAUUCAACUGAACGUGUCUUCUUCCGUCAACGAGACUACACUUGCCGUCAGCGGUGAUUUCAAUGAGAUCCGCGCAUCCAAUGGUGAUUCCGCAGUUAGUGUUCCUGGCUUUGCCAUUUGGCUUCCGUUGAACCAGACCUGGCUUCAGACCCUCAAUGUCACCCAGAUGGAGUUUGCUGGCCGGCUUUCUGCUGUUGCCACGGUGAACGAGACAUCCAUUCUUGCUGGCAGCCUGGCCACCGAUGGAUACACCGCCUCCGACGCGGUGUGGCUGCAGAGCUCUAAUGACGAUCUCAGUCUGCUUCCUUUGACUAUGAACAUCAACCAGACUCGAUCAAGCACUGGAUUGGUGACUGGUGUCUAUGAUACGGCUUCUAGUCGCAACCAGACCAUUUUUGGUGGUCAGUUCAAUGCCACCGGCACAAAUGGCUCUACAAUUUCGACCGUUGCCAUUGUAAACGGAACCAAUAACAUCUACGGCCUUCCUCAAGGCUUAGACAGCAACUCGACCGUCCUCUCUAUGACUACAUACAACAACACCCUCUUCGCUGGUGGUCGUGUCACUGGUACCAUCGAUGGUUCGUCCGUGAAUGGUUUCUUCACAUAUGACUUGACCGGCAACAAAUUCCCAUCUCAACCCUGGCAGUUGCAUGGGUCCAAUGUCUCGGUCAACGCUAUUGCUGUUCGACCGGACUCAUCCGUAGUCUAUAUUGGCGGUAAUUUUGAUACCGCUGGUUCAUUGCCUUGCAAGACUGUCUGUGCUUUGGAUUCAUCGGAUAACUCCUGGAGUUGGCCCGGCGUGAGUAUCAGUGGUACUGCUCUUGCCCUUAGCUGGGCCAGUUCCCAGACCUUGUAUGCCGCGGGUAACCUUACACUUUCGGGGAACCAGACUCUCGUCGCUACCUUUGACGUGAAGACUGAGGCCUGGACUGCCGUGUCUGGCGCAUCGCAGUCCGAAAUUCCUGGUGAGCUCACUGCAUUUACACCUGCCAAUGAAGAUGUUUCGAAAUUUUGGAUUGCCGGCACAUCGACCAACGGCUCUGCCUAUUUCAUGAACUAUGACGGCUCCAAGUUCCAAUCCCCCGGUAACCUGUUCUCCGAGGGCACCGUCAUUCGUGGAAUGGAAAUCCUUCCUCUCAAGGAGAACCACAAAUCGGUUUCGCUCCUCAACGAUGAUCAGACGCUUCUGGUGAUGGGUCAGCUCAUCAUCCCCGACUUCGGCAAUGCAUCCGCCGCUCUGUACAACGGAACUACAGUCACCCCAUUCAUCCUUUCUUCGAGAUAUGAUGGCGAAGCUGGAAGCAUGUCACAGCUGUUCUCCGAGAACCAGAACCCCUAUGACACCAAUUCGAGCCAUCACUCGAAUGGUAUUGUGGUCCUGGUGGCGUUCUGUUGUGCACUAGGCUGCGUCUUCCUCAUUGUCGCUGCCGGUGUGAUCAUGAACAAGAUUCAGCGUCGCCGUCAAGGCUACUCUGCCGCCCCACAAUCGUUUGGCACCGACCGGCCGUCUGAGAUGCAGCGCGUCCCACCCGAAUACCUCUUCAAUUCCCUCGGGCAGCCGAACCCAACUGCCCCAGCCAUUUAA